AUGGAGGUGGUUAGAUCAGAAAGGGACAUUGAUAAAUUGCCGCUAUUGCAGGGGCAGGCGGUACAGAGAACAAGAUUACAAGCUUGGUUUAUAAGAAUUUGUUCUAUCAUUCUAAUAUGGACCUGUUUAGUUCAGCUUGUCACAGUUGGGGAACUGUGGCAUCCUCGGCUGCUCACCGGAGUAUUGGGAUUUAGAAAAAUGUCGGUUGGUGGAGAAGAACCCCUACCUUCUUCACCCCCACACCCACCUCCGGUUCCAUCUAGAAAUUACAGGAGUAAUGGUUUUCUUAAAGUCUCUUGCAAUGGCGGCUUGAAUCAAAUGCGCUCAGAGAUUUGUGACAUGGUCACAAUUGCUCGGCUAUUAAAUCUUACUUUGGUUGUUCCAGAGCUUGAUAAGGCAUCAUUCUGGGCUGAUCCUAGUAAUUUUGAGGAUAUUUUUGAUGUGAGACAUUUCAUUGAUGCAUUAAGAGAUGAAGUUCGAAUAAUAAAGAGGUUGCCCAAGAAGUUUGGCACAAGAUAUGGAUUUCAACCACUUAUAAUGCCUCCUGUAAGCUGGUCAAAUGAGAAAUACUAUUUGCAACAGAUUUUGCCUCUCUUCAGCCAGCAUAAGGUUAUAUACUUCAACAAAACAGAUGCUCGACUGGCAAAUAAUGGUAUCCCUCUUGAGCUUCAGAAACUCAGAUGUCGUGUCAAUUUCCAGGCACUGAAGUUCACACCUGAGAUUGAGGCUCUGGGAAACAAGUUGGUUCGUAUUAUUCAAGAGAAGGGACCAUAUUUAGCAUUGCAUCUCCGAUAUGAAAUGGACAUGUUGGCUUUCUCAGGUUGUACUCAUGGCUGCACUGAAGAGGAGGCUGAGGAACUCAAACGAUUAAGAUAUGCAUUUCCUUGGUGGAGGGAGAAAGAAAUAGUAUCAGAGGAAAGGAGAUUUCAUGGCUUAUGUCCUCUUACCCCAGAGGAGACGGCUUUGAUUCUGCAAGCAUUGGGAUUUGAUAAGGAAACCCAAAUCUAUAUUGCAUCUGGUGAGAUCUAUGGAAGUGAACGCAGGCUUGCAUCGUUAAGAGCUGCCUUUCCAAAGAUUGUUAAAAAGGAAAUGCUGCUAGAUCCAGAAGAUUUGCUGCUGUUUCAGAAUCAUUCAUCUCAAAUGGCAGCCCUCGAUUUUAUGGUUUCUGUUGCCAGUAAUAUUUUUAUUCCCACUUAUGAUGGAAACAUGGCAAGAGUCGUGGAAGGUCAUCGAAGGUACCUUGCUUUCAAAAAAACCAUCCAACUGGAUCGCAAAAAGCUUGUUGAGUUGUUGGAUUUACAUCAGAACGGGACAAUCACCUGGGACGAGUUUUCAGCUGCUGUACAACUGGCCCAUGAGAGAAGAAUGGGAAAGCCAAGUCGUCGUAGGGUCAUUCCAGACAAGCCGAAAGAAGAAGAUUACUUCUAUGCAAAUCCACAAGAAUGCCUGUGCGAAAGCAUUAGUUGUGAUGACCUAUUAAGUCCUGAUAUUGCCUCAUUAAUUGCUUCACUGGAGAAUGUUGUAUAUGCUCGUAGUCUUCAACAAUGGCUAUAUUCUCUAUCUGCCAAAGGCUCUAUUAAUAUGUACUUGGCCUCAGGUCUGAGGCGCGCAUGGCCACUUAUAGGACCAUGUCAUGUACUGUGCAGGGCUGGCUAG